AUGAGGUCAAUUGAGGAAUGUUCUCCAGUAGUAGAAUCAACACUUGAAGAACCGGGCAACAUGGAAGUUAAUGAAACACCUGCACCUAUCAGUGAUAUGGCUUCAAGUGAUGCAACAACAAGUGAUGGUUUCCUCUCUUUAGUACCCGAAAGCCCCUCUCUUGAGAAUAUCACUGAG